AUGGCCAAGCCCACCACCUCUCCGGACCCGCCGAGGAUCGAAAUCCCCAAUGCGGGUUCGACCGAGCAGUACUGGAUCGACUCGACGCACGCCGACAAGAUGCGCUUCUGGGCCAAGCGAUGGUACCCGACGGCGGCAUCUUCGUCGAGCGGCGACGACGAGGCUGCGGGGCAAGACGAGGUGCAGCCCAAGUCGUGCACCGUCUUCUGCCACGGCUUCGUCGAGUACUCGGAACGGUACCGCGAGAUCUUCAAAGUGUGGCCCUCGAAGGGCCACGAGAUCGUCGCCUUUGACCAGCGCGGGUGGGGCGAGACGGCGGCGGCCACGGCCAACCCGGCCAAGGCGUACGGCUACGCCACCUGGCCGCUCCAGUUCGAGGACCUGGAAAACGUGGUGCGCCAAACGCGGCAGCGGCUCGACGAGCGGUGGGGCAAGGACGCCGUGCCCAUCUUCAACAUGGGCCAGUCGAUGGGCGGUGGCAUCGUCCUCGCCUUCCAGACGCGCUCCGACGCGUGGAAAAUGGCCAACAGGACCAGCAGCCCGUCGGCCGAGGCGCGCGACCUGGUCAGGGGCACCAUUGCCGUCGCGCCGUGGUUGCGUCUGACUGAGCCGCCGCACCCGCUGCUCGCCUGGGUGGGCAACAACAUCAUGUCCAAGAUCCCCGGCAUGCCGUGGUACGUCGACCUCAAGGGCGCCAACAUCUGCCGCGACCCCGUCGUCGCCGCCAACUUUGAAAACGACCGCUUCUGCCAGAAAAAGGUCUACAUCAAGACCAUCGCCGGCCCCCUAUUCGGCGGACCGGCCAUCAUCACCCGCGACUACGAGCACUGGCCCAAGGACAAGCCCCUCCUCGCCCUCCACGGCACCGGCGACCUCGUCACCGACCACCUCGGCACAAAGCAGCUCGUCGACAACAUCGCCAGCACGGACGACAAGGAGUUUAAGCAGCUCGACGGCUUCUACCACGACAUCCUCAUGGAGCCGGGUCAGGACAAGAUCGACGCGGCCCAGUACAUCGUCGACUGGAUCGAGAAGCGAUGCUAG